GAUGUUUAAAUGUACCUCAGCCCUCCCAAACGGGUUUGAAAACCAUUGUCACCCAAUCAGGGACCCUCUUUCUUACAGCUAUAUGAUCAUGUCAUAGGUUUUCUAUACCUCCCUCUUCCUCGAACCAUUUUUAAACUCUCACUGACUUUCGCUUGACUAAAUGAGUAAGUAAGUUUCGACUUUCAGAAUGAUCAGCAAGCUGGACAGUGUGCUCAUGACCCAGAAGAAAUUUAUCUUCCAUUAUAAAAAUGUGCGUUGGGCCCGAGGGAGACACGAGACGUACCUUUGUUUUGUUGUAAAGAGACGCACCGGCCCUGAUUCCCUCUCUUUUGACUUUGGACACCUACGCAAUCGUACCGGCUGCCAUGUAGAGCUACUCUUUCUACGUCACUUGGGUGCGUUGUGUCCGGGGCUGUGGGGAUCCAAUGUGGACGGUGUGAGAAUGUGUUACGCAGUGACCUGGUUCUGCUCCUGGUCACCCUGCUCUAAGUGCGCUGAACAACUUGCCCACUUCCUGUCGCAGACACCCAAUCUCCGUCUGAGAAUCUUCGUGUCACGCCUUUACUUCUGUGAUGAAGAGGACAGCCAGGAAAGGGAAGGACUGCGACACCUGAAGAGGGCAGGAGUGCAGAUCUCUGUGAUGACUUAUAAAGAUUCUGGUUUGUUUCUAGACUAUUUCUACUGCUGGCAAACAUUUGUGGCACGGAGGGAGAGGAGGUUUAAAGCCUGGGAUGACCUUCACCAAAACUCUGUCCGACUCGAUCGAAAACUCAAUCGGAUCCUGCAGCCGUGCGAGACUGAAGAUCUGAGGGACGGUUUCGCUCUCCUCGGGCUAUGAUCACAAAUAUGAGAUUCGCAAAUCAAUGAACACUGAGAGAUGAACUGAAUGGGAUUAAAAGAAAUGGUGCUGUAGACCUGAGACUUGAAUCCUGUGACUUGAAUCUGACUUGAUUCUUAUCUAGUACUGUAUUGUAUGUAGCAUUAAUGUGAUUAUGUUGGAAGUCAAAAUAAAAGCUGUUAUUUGA